AUGGUGGACAUCGUCCCGCUCUGCUCAUACCCGUCCUACAUCUCGCUGCUGCCCGCGGUGCAGACCUGCAACAUCACCAACCUCCCCGAGAACUACUUCCUCAAGUACUAUCUCUACCAUGCCCUCUCGUGGCCGCAGCUGAGCUUCGUCGCCGUCGUCCGAGACCGCUCCAGCAAGUCCAAGGAUCCCUUCGCGCCCGCCGCAAACCCCAAGGUCGUCGGAUAUGUGCUGGCGAAGAUGGAGGAAGAGCCCUCGGACGGGCUGCCACACGGCCAUAUUACAAGCUUAAGCGUCAUGAGGACACACAGACGGCUGGGCAUCGCUGAGCGUCUGAUGCGCAUGAGUCAACGAGCAAUGGCAGAGUCUCACAAAGCGCACUACGUCUCCCUCCACGUCCGCGUCUCCAACACAGCUGCUCUCCGCCUCUAUCGUGACACGCUAGGCUUUGAAGUCGAGAAGAUCGAGCCCAAAUACUAUGCUGACGGAGAGAACGCAUACGCCAUGAAGAUGGACCUGACCGGCCUUUGGUUAAAGGACGACGAGGGAUUCAGCGUCGGUCUCGAUGGCAAGUCAGUCAAGAAUACGGAUGAAGAUGUCGACGAGGGCGACGAAGUGGGUGACGUGGGCAAGGCUGGUGACGAGGCCGACAACGAAGAGAAGAAGAUCAGAGUCAAGGUCGGCCGAAGCUUGGGCGUAGGUGACCUCGUGGAGCGGAACGAGAGUCGAGCGCAGGCUUAA